UCAUCGAUCAUCUCCCACACAUUCAAUUCCAUUCAAUUCAAAUUUCAAUCCAAUCCAACUAAUCAAUCUAUAAAUAAGCCAACAUGAUCCCUCCCUCCCUCACACCGCCAUAACCACAACAACAACAACAGUGAUCCAUCGAACCAGACCAGCACCCAACAAUGACAGCUCUCUGCACCACCAGGUGGUUCGCCGCCAUGGCCGUUCUGGCAGCCAUGCUCAUUGCCAGUUGCGACGCCGUCAUCCGCUGCAACGACGCCGUCACGCAGGUCAUCCCCUGCGAGUCCUUCCUUCUCGGCCAGGCCACUGCGCCGACCUCCGUCUGCUGCAACGCCGUCAAGAACCUCGACAGCGUGGCGUCGGCGUCUCAGCCCGACAGGAAGGCCAUCUGUGAGUGCUUCAAGCAGACUGCCAGGUCCUUCCCCGUCAAUCUCCCCAAAGCUCAGCAGCUCCCUCAACUCUGCCAGGUCAACAUUCCCGUCGGCAUCGACCCAAGCGUCGACUGCAACACCAUAUGAAGAAGAAGAACAACAACAAGAGCAGCAAUGGAUGACAGGAAGGGCAAUUGGGACAAGAUUAUCUUGGUUUUGUAUCUUGAUUCCAAUUGGUUGUUUUUGUAACAGCUUUGAUCCCUUCUUGUGUUCUUAAUGAAAUCCUCCAUUGAUGCCAAA